UUUGAAUUCCUUGACACUUCAUGAUCGUGAUGUUUUGGAAAGACUGCCCAGCAUGACAUCUUUGUGCAAGUUACUUCAUUAAAAAAAGUUACAAACUACGCCCGCUGCUGCAGACCUUCUACGGAAUGCUUCAGCUGUUAAUAUUCCCAAGUCUCACGGAGUUGAAACUUAGUAGUUUGAGGAUUGGUUAUGCAGACUCGGAAUUAAAGCUGGAGGAGCUUGAGUCUAUGGAAGAGUCAGUUGAAUUUCUUUGGUGGCUUGGCCUCGACAGAGACUACCUUCCCUGUCAAAGCUGUGAAACUUGGAAAGGUUAACUGCCAUUCCUGCUACACCUGCAGAAGAUUGAGGGCCUUGGUGGAUUGAAUUCCUUGGAACACCUAGAGCUCUCUGCCUGUACAUCUUUGGAAAGAUUGCCGACAGUUCCAGAAGUCUCUCCAAUUUGGCCUGAAUUCUUUAUGAGUGCCUUCAAAAUGUUCUCCCGAAGAUGCUCCAGAACAAAUAUAACAUGUCUGAAAGCAGAAAGCUCAUGCUCUAGUGGAUGAGUUUACACUGCACGGGACACGCUUGUUCAAUUUUGAGCUCCACAUCUUCUUUGGAGUCUGCAAAAUCUCAGCAGCUGGUGGUAAAUAACCUUCCUGUAAUUCCUCUACUAUUACUACUACUACUACAUUUGACCAAAGUUCAAAUUUAUCAAUUUGGCCACUCUGUAUUUAUGAUAUCCAUUGCUGUAGGAGAUAACUACUCAGUUUUGUUUAUAAUAUAAUAAUGUGAAGGCCAAACUUCUCAAAGCCUACGAAAGUCAACCCCUUCCCCAGCAUCCAAAGUCGUUGGUCUCUGUGUCCUUUCCUCCUUAAUAACUUCUCUCCAUUCCCAAAAACUUUCAUUGUCUCGCACACACAAAAAAACAAAACAAAAAACCGUUUCAGGAGCAGCCCCUAACCGAACAGCCUCUCCAUUUCUCUCUUCGCCUGUAAGUCUCACUUUUUCUUCUGCUCUGCUGUUUCCAGAUCUUUUUACUUUACCUGGUGUUGUACGAGAUCUAUUCCUUCUCUUUUGGUCUGAACUUUACCUGGUUUUUAAAAUUUUCAUUGUAAUGCGCCAACUGUUUGAUUUUGUGCUUUAGUUCCUCUUUCUUUCUGCUUUCCCAAUUUUAGCUAUCCGAAUAUCUAAUUGUUUCAUACUAGUCCUUGAUCCUGCCAUGUUUCUUAGUUUAAGUAGUUUUGAGUAGUGCUACCGUAUCCUAUCCUACCGGCUGGUUGUCUCUAAUACAGUUUUACAUAUCACAGACAAGCCUUUUAAGCUUCAGACUUCACAAUCUCAAUUCUUCCAGUUGUGAUAUAAAUUAUGCUACUUAAUGUAGCUUGCUCUGAUCCCCUCCUGCAAUUACAAAGGAUAAGGAAAGCGUUUGUAUUAUUAACUAGGAUUAAUUUGCAAUCUUUUGUGUAUAUAUAAUUCAUUCCAGGCUUGACACGUUGGACUGGCAUGAUUUGUGAUUGCAUCACAUAUAUAUAUUAUUAUGAAGAAAUGGAUUACAUAAAAGGAGCCGUCACAGUGAUUAUCUUGUUGCUUCCACUGGUGAUUCUCCUCUGCGAGUUGUGGUCUGGAAGGAGAAGUUCCGACACCUCGAGCAAUAUCGAUAAUGCAUCUAGACAAUUGGGUUCUGUUGCUUCUGUGUCUGAUACUGCAAAUUCUAAUCCGCUUCCCCUGCCAAUUGGAGAGUAUGAGGUGUUCUUGAAUUUCAGAGGUCCAGACACUCGUUAUCAAAUCACCGAUAUCCUCUAUCGGUUUCUAGUGAACUUGAAAAUUCGCACAUUUAAAGAGGAUGAUGAGCUCCGGAAAGGAGAAGGUAUAUGGCCCAGUCUCGUCAAGGCUAUUGAGCAAUCCAAGAUCUGUGUUCUCAUCUUCUCUGAGAAUUAUGCUUAUAGCAAAUGGUGUCUUAGAGAACUUGCCGCUAUUGUUGCAUGCCAAGAGAGAAACCAGGGCUGUGUCAUACUCCCUAUUUUCUAUAUGGUGAAUCCUAGAGAUAUACGUCAUCAAAGUGGACAUUACCGAAAUGCCUUUCGACAACACGAGCAAAAUAUUGACGAAGAGACCAUAAAAAGUUGGAAAGAUGCUCUAACUAAGGUUGGAGCUCUGAAAGGAUGGUAUGUCAAAAGCAGUGACGAGCAGGGGGCUAUAGCAGAUCUUGUUACCGGCGCUGUAUGGUCACAUCUAAGUAAGAACAAUCAAGUAUUAGAGACUGAUAAGUUGGUUGGAAUUGGUGAUCACAUAGAAGCAGUGAAAGAAAGAAUGGCUCUCAACUCUCCAUGUGCGACAAUCAUUGGCAUCUAUGGUAUGGGUGGCAUUGGUAAGACCACUAUCGCAAAGGCUGUCUAUAACAAAGUAUUUGCUCAAUUCGAUCGAUGUAGCUUUGUGAGUGACGUAAGAGAAAUGCUACAACAAAAAGAUGGUGCUAUCAAUUUGCAGAAACAUAUUAUCUCACAGAUUUUGAGGGAGAACUUUGCUGAAUCCAUUGCCAAUGGUAGUGAUGGAAUGAAAAUUAUAAGAGAGAGAGUUUCUCGGUUCAAAGUUCUUAUUGUUCUCGAUGAUGUGGAUGAAAAGUUUGAAUUAGCUGACAUCUUGGGAAACGUGGAGGAAUUUGAUCCUGGGAGUAGAGUCAUCAUUACGUCCAGAAAUGUGAAAGUUUUGAGUAAUUUGACUAAUGAUUGCAAGUUAUAUAGAGUCCACGAGAUGAGUUGUCACCAUGCACUUCAACUCUUUUGCAAGCAUGCGUUCAGAAAGGAUUCUCCUCCACCGAGUUAUCAGUCUUUGUCAGAGGCUAUUGUAUCUAUUGCGGCGGGACUUCCAUUGACUCUUAAAGUUGUUGGAUCACUUUUAUUUGAAGAGGAAAAAGUGUUUUGGAUUGAUAAACUCAGACAGUUAAAAGAAAUUGCAGAGGAAAAGGUUGUACAAAGGUUAAAGAUAAGCUAUGAUACAUUGAGUGAAGAGGCAAAGCAGAUUUUCUUGGAUAUUGCUUGUUUCUUCAUUGGAAAGGACGAAGAGAUGCCUUCUUAUAUGUGGAGUGACUGUGGCUUUUUCCCCAUAACUAAUAUCAAUAUUCUUAGUCAGAGGUCUAUGAUUGAAAUAGAGUAUUCUUAUAAAUGUAAGAAAGUAUUUCGAAUGCAUGAUCAACUCAGAGAUAUGGGUAGAGAAAUUGUACGCCAAGAAAAUAUAAGACAUCCAUGGAAGAGAAGUCGGAUAUGGUCGAAGGAUAAAGCUUUGGACGUGUUGCUUAACAAAAAGGGAACAAACAGAGUAGAAAGCAUUAGAAUAAUAAACUCAUCAUCUGAUGAUGAUGUUGUGGAGGAGCUUGAGAUUGGGGCAAACCUUGAGAGUGAAUGUUUUUUGAAUUUAUCAGAGUUAAGAUACUUUGAUGUGGAAGCUAAGAUGCUCCCUAGCGACUUCAGUAAUUAUCUUCCAAGUUUAAAAUGGCUUCAAUUGGUGUUAGGAUAUGGUGCGUGUUUGCCUAAGUUUCGUGUGGACAAUUUGGUGAUUCUCAACCUCUUAGGCUCAGUGAAAGAUGAUUGGGGGAGUUUGAGGCAUAUCAAGAUGGCGAGCAAACUCAAAGUUUUGAACCUUUCGGGUAAGUUCCUGAUCGAAUAUCCUGACUUUCCAAGUUCCGGAAGUCUAGAGAUAUUACGUAUGGAGGAUUUCGGACCUCUGUUGUCCUGCAAGGAUAUAGAUGUUGGGAAUCUGAAGAACUUGAAAGUGCUUCAUCUGAAGAACUGUGAGAUAAGACAGAUAAGGGGUGGAACCAUUGGGAUGAUGCAGGGGCUUCAAGAGCUCAGUAUCAUCCAUUUAAAGUUUGAGACAGGUCUGAGGGAAGCACUUGACAAUAUUGGGGAUUUGCAGUUUCUUGAAAUCUUGAUAGUAGAGUUUGCACACAAUGUUGGACCUAGAUCAGUUCAUGAGAAUGGACUGCUGGGGAUUAAGCUUCCCACGAGUUUGAAGAAGCUGCUCAUUCCAUAUCCAGUUGCUAACCUUUCGGAGUUGCUGGAAUUGGAGAAAUUAACUGUUGAUAGAUGUGGGCACGGGAGUGAGAUCCCUUCAGCAGACAAUAGUAAUAUGUGGUGGAAGGUAUCCAAAUUGAAGUCUCUAACAUUGAAAGAGACAAAGAUGACUAUCCCAAUUAAUACUUCUAGUCCAUCUUCCAUGUCGCUGCUUCCAUCAUCAUUGAUCAUUCUCGACAUCGCUAAGUGUCCAGAAUUGGAGUGGCUCCCAAAUCUGGAGAAUUUGGAGAAUUUGACAUACUUAUCCAUCAGUGGGUGUUUCUUGCUUAAAGAGAUCCCAGGUCUUGGAGGACUGAAAUCCUUGGAAACUCUGAGCAUAAGUGAUCUGAAAGCUGUAUGCAACCUGGACGGUCUUGGCAGUCUCUAUUCUUUGACAUCCUUGACACUUUUUGACUGUGAUGCGUUGGAAAGACUACCCAGCAUUGGGUCUUUGAGCAAGUUACUUUAUUUAGGCAUCUCUUAUUGCCAUAGCCUAACAAAAAUCCAAGGUCUUGGAAGCCUAAUAUCUUUGCAAAAGCUAGAGAUUACUGUUGCCAAGAGUAAACGGGAUCGCCUCAGCUUUGAAAGAGAACUCUCUUUGAACAAGUUAGAAUUCGAGAAUUUUCCUAUUCUAUCACUAUUACUCUAUAACCUUGAUGGUGAGUGCCGAUUAGAAGAUCUCUACUUUCCAAGUUCUGGGAGUCUAGAGGAAUUGCAUCUGCAGAAUUUCGGGCAUCGGCUGUCCCAUAAGGAAUUGUAUAUUGGGAAUUUGUGGAACCUGAAAGUGCUGAGUCUGCAGCAAUGCGAGGUAGGAGAGAUAAGUGGUGGAACCAUUGGGAUGCUGGAAGGCCUUCAAGAGCUUGAUAUCUACGAGUUCCACUGUGUGAGAAAUCUAAGAGAAGUGCUGGCGGAUGUCGGGGAAUUGCAAUUUCUUGAAAUAUUGAGAGUAACAAGCGAUAGUGUUUUGAGAUUACUUUACGAGCAUCUAUUGUUGGGUACUAAGCUUCCCUCAAGUCUGAAGGAGUUGGCUGCUACAUCUCCAGUUGCUAACCUUCCGGAGCUGGUGGAGUUGGAGAAACUAACAGUAGAUGGAUGCGGUUAUGGGCUUGAGAUCCCUCCUGCAGACACUUGCAAUAUGUGGUGGAAGAUAUCCAAAUUGAAGUGUCUGACGCUCCGCAAAACAAAAAUGACCACACCAAUCGAUACUUGCCUGCGGCUGCUUCCAUCAUCACUGACCACCCUCAACAUCUACUCGUGUCCGAAAUUGGAUUGGCUCCCAAAUCUAGAGAAUUUAGAGAACUUAACUUCCUUAUCGAUCAACGAUUGUCCCCUCCUAAAGGAGAUCCUUGGUCUUGAAAGGCUGAAAUCCUUGGAAACUCUGACUAUACGUGAUCUGAAAGUUCUAUGCAACCUGGACGGUCUGGACAGUCUCUAUUCGUUGACAUACUUGACACUUUCACGCUGUGAUGCAUUGGAAAGACUGCCCAGCAUGGUGUGUUUGAGCAAGUUGCGUGAUUUAAGUAUCUCCUCCUGCUCUUGCCUCAGGGGAAUCCAAGGACUUGGAGGGCUGAAAUCCUUGCAAAUGCUUUACAUUCGUGAUGCAGGGAUUUUAAGUCAUCUCUUCGGCUUUGACACUCUCCUGUCUCGUAACAAGCUAGAAAAUUUAAAGAUAAGUGGCUGUCCUCAUCUGACAUUACUACCAUUCCCUGACUUUGAUGAUGGACACCGUUCACAAGCAGCGGUACUCGACUCUUUACAGGUGCUAGACAUUGGUGGAACAACCCAGGUGCUGCAGAUCUUCUGCCGGAUGAUUCAGUGGUUGUUGCUCCCAAGUCUCGCGGAGUUGACACUUAGUGGGGUAGAGAUUGGAAAUGUUGACAUAGAAUUGAGCCUAGAUGGGCUCGAGUCUAUGGAAGAUUUGGUUGAGCUGCGUCUUAAUGACUUGGCCUCUAUAAGGAGGCUACCUUCGCUGUCAAAGCUGGGAAAUCUGAAAAGUCUAACAGUGAAUAAUGCUCCAAAGCUGCGAGUGAUUGAGGGCCUUGGUGGUUUGAAGUCCUUGAAAGAGCUUGAUCUCUCUGGAUGUACAGCAUUGGAAAGAUUGCCUGUGGAUCAGCUAUAUGGUUUGGAGCGAUUGAGAAGCGUGGACAUCCAUGGCUGCACAAACUUGAUUGAUCUAGAAAAAAUAGAGCUGGAGGUACAGACACUGUGGCCAGAUUUCGGGUACUGAAACUAUGCUUCUGAUUUCUAGUUUUUACAACUUUCGCUUCAGAGAACGAGCCCUCUCGAGAUGGUUUGGGCCGACGAUGUUUAUUACAACUUUCGCUUCUGGGUAAAUAACGCUUCUGAUUUCUAGUUUGGGCUGACGAUGCUUAUAUUCAGUAGUGUUCUAACUUCCAAUCAGCCUUGAGAUUCAGUAGUGUUCUAACUUCGGCAACGAUAUAUUUGUCUAAUUAAAAUUUUGACGUUUGUAAUAGAUUAAUAUUAGUAUAAUAUAUAUAUUAAUCUAUUACAAUAGAUAUAAUAUAAAUAUGUAUAUUGGUAUAAUAGAUAUUUUGAUAAUACAUUGUUUUGUUGUUUAUAGAUUGAUUUUCAUACAAUUACUUUAAUAGUUUUCUGGCCUGCGCUUCGUUGCCGUAAGAAACUAAAUUAUAUUUAAAACGCCAUCUACUCGUUUGAUCAUUUAGUAAAUCAAAUAACUCGCAAAAUAUUUUAGGUAAGAUACUCUGUGAGCUUUACAUAGUUUUUGAAUAAUUAUGAUACACUGACGUAAUCAUUCAUUUAAUUGAUACUUAAGAUUUACGCAAUAGUUAUAGAAACAGUGUUACAUAAAUCUGCACCAAUGAAGUAAAUUGGAAUGAAUUUUUUUUCUUAGAUGAAUAAAUUAAAUGGAUGUGUUAGAUGACUACUGUUUGACUUACGAGUCAAAUCGAGGUGACAUUUCAUAUAAACUUUGAAAUUAAUGCGACUUCUUGCCUAAUAACAUUACUCGCUAGGAUAAUUGGCAUCAAAUCAAGGAUGUUACAUGCGAUAUCGACUAUCAUUAUUGAAUAUCGUUUUUUAUGUACAUUUGGUAUGGAAACACUAAAAAGGAAAAUUUCUUCUUUUCAUCAUCUCCAUGAUUCGAACUAGAAGUAGUCACAAAGUCUACGAGUCACAUUGCCAACAACUUUGUUUUUUCCACAACCACUUUGUUUACCGUUUUCAUUAUAACAAACAAAGCUGGAUCUUUUAACUUGUGUUGUAGUUCCUGCUAUAUACGAAUGAAAAGGAAUGAGGAGAGAAUUAUUACUUCUUCAAAUUUAUAAAUUCUAAAUUGUUAU